CUUCAGCAGAAGUUUGUUCUUAGUUAGCGUAAUUCAAAGUAUUGGGUGUAUGACGAUUUCGUCUAAUAGUCAUGAAGUUUUAGGGUUCUUUCUUUCGGUUCUGCAGCCCAAAUUCGCUCUUUUAAAAACACAACUUCAGAUUUGCCAAUAAAAUCUAGUCACUUCACGUCGAGUUGACGAAAAAACAGAGUUCUCUCUUACUCCAACAGUCAACAGAGUUCGAUUGAGUUUAUAGUAAGUAGAUGAAACAUACCGAGAGAAAACAAAGUGAGACAGAAGGAGAAGAUGAAGACGAAACUCCGUGAACGAGUCAGCGACUUUGCGUUGGAGUCAACGACCUAAUUCUAUUAUUUAAUUGCUUUCUUAGCAAGCUAAAAUACUACUGUUGAUUGGUACGCACAUUUCUUACUUAUUGUGAUUAAGUCAAUGACUUGAUCGGAUCAAACAGUUUUGUUGCUACCUAAAUUUUCUUAACAAAAGUUCAAAACUUGAACUUGAUCUUCUUCUUCUUGUUCUUCUUCCUCAUCCUUCAUCUACUAGAUUUCAAGGCGUCUGAGAAAUUUACUGAGCUUGGAUAUGGCCUCGGGGUCUGCUGGUUCACCAAAUGGUUCACAACCAAUUGUACUGAGUGCUUCACAGCGCCAAAGAAGAUCUAAACUACAAGCUAGAAUCAUAGGUCUUAUGUUGCUAACAACAAUAGUAGCAGUUGUGACAUUUGUUAUGGGGUUCACAUGUACAAAGAUUUACAUUAAUUCUGCUCCAGAUUUAGGCAUCACAGGCUUGGUCAAGAAAGCAAUAUUCAUUGUCUUCUUGUUGUGCAAUAGCAUUCCAAUGAUCUCGUCUGUCAUAGCUACAAUGAAUCUCAUAUGGCCACAGCAUAUGGGUGAUAAUCCUCUGAUACAAAAAGCAAUGAUACGAGCCAUGGCACUUCUACAACUUGCUUUUUUGUCUAUGUUGGUUGCAUUUAUGGUUGGAGUUUUUCUUGUGCUGAUCCUUCUUCCAUAUCUUUAACUCCAAAAGCACAUACUGCAAGUGACGUGUGGACCGUGUGGUGAUACUUUUCCAUAACACAAUCAAAAGCGCAUUAUGAUUUGACGAGAUCGUAUAAUUUAAUCUGAAACAUUUCUCUAUUUGUACAUCUGUUUCUUGAUGGCUUCUUGAUAUGUUACGGUUUUGACUCACUUUGACCCUGUUUAUUUGAUAGUUUUGUAGUUGUUUGAGUCCUUUUCAGGUUAUAAUAAGAGGCUAGGAAGCUA